UGACGUAUUCCUUCAAGAACAGGAACCAUGGAAGCCAUGAGUACAUUUAUCCACAUUUAGACAACUUUAAUGGCGAAAAUAAACGCUUAAAAAUUUAACUUGAAUCUAAGCAGACAAAGCUUGUAGUGGUUGAAAUACUUGCGGAGUGAUCCAUUUGGUACUGAUAAUGUCUGCCUCAGCUGUCUUCGUUCUGGACUUGAAAGGAAAGGUAAGAUCACUUCUCAUUUUGAUUGUAGCGAUUGAUAACGUUAUAAACAAUGUCCGUUUUAGGUUGACUUGAUCUUAACUCGCUUUUGUUUGGGAUUGUAAUCGAGUUUGUUCAACGUUUGCACUUGCCAUAAAACAUUAAUAGAUGGCCAAGUCGUUAAAGAUUAAUUAGUAGCCUGUGACAGUUCCAUUCAAGCUUUGCACAAGUUACUUCCGGACACAAGUGGAUGGAAACAGGUCAUAAGGCCAGUGGCUGCAUCCUUUUUAGACUUGACAAAUUCUUAUACCAGGGGUUAUGAAAAAAACUGCCACAAAAUAAUGAUAUAUCAUUUCCAAACAUGAAAGGGAAUAUAGUAAGUGAGUCAAAGUUGCCUGGCACCUGUCAUCUUGUGUACAUGGGGGGCCAGUAUGAAAAUUUUAAAAUUUUAAAAUUAAAAUAAUGUAUGCACUCACUAAAUGUAAGUCGCUCUGGAUAAGAGCGUCUUCUAAAUGACUAAAAUGUAAAUGUAAAAUGUACACUGUAGAAGGAUAGUGCAAAUAUGAACACAUUAUAAAUCACGCUUGGUUUGGCAGACAACACUGUAAUUCCUAUUGUAAACAGAAGAGAAUGCUCUAUUCAGUUUUCUCAUACACAAACAAACAUUGAACACAAAACCAGUAUAGCCUGAAUCUCUCACAGCUAGAGGUGUAAUUUGAUAAAAAGAUUCCAUCCUUCUACAAUAGGCCUAGAAGUCAUGGGAGGGGAAAGAGGACAUGGUUUCAGGUGGCACAACAGCAAAAGGUUGUACUAGGCUACAUACAAAUUAGUAGGCCUAGGCCAGGGGUAGGCAACUAUAUUCAGCCGCCGUCCGAUUUUGGUCGGAGCAGAUGGUCGAGGGGCUAGAACAUUAUUAUAAUAAUUUGUACACUGCAAAUUGACCAUAACUAAGCCCAAAAAGAGGUUGUAUUUGAAAAUAACAACUUCAAUUUCAUACCUUGAUUACAUUGAGACAUGAUCACUAAAUUAAACUCAAUUUAAGCUGAAUUCUUGGUGAUGUUACCUCAUCACCUCUCACCCAUUGACCUCUGUUACAUUACCUCAUCACCUCUCUGACCAUUGACCUCUGAAACAUAACCUCAUUACUUCUCUCACCCAUUGACCUCUAGUAGGACCCAGAGUUUUUUUUACAGUCACGUUACAUGGUUAGGAAAAACUCAGGUGCCUUAAGUGUGACCUCUGACAAAUAUGGUGUGUUAUUGUUGUUAUUUCCCUAUUCAUUUUCCCCUUACCCUGCAGGUGCUGAUAUGUCGGAACUACAAGGGCGACGUGGACAUGGCUGAGAUUGACCAUUUCCUGCCUUUACUCAUGACACAGGAAGAGGAGGGGCUUACUUGUCCAAUCAUGUCGCACGGCAACGUUCACUUCCUGUGGAUCAAGCACACCAACCUGUACUGUAUCCUUAUAACGAGUUUAGUCGCUAGCCAGUUAAAAGUUAAUCAUUAACAUUUUGUAACCUGUAUAAAUAAUGUGUUAGCUUUACUAAUGAGAAAUGCCACAAAAAUAGAACCUACACAAAGACAAAUAUUUAUUUUUCCCUAGAGUAAAGAUGAUAAUGAACUUCUUAAACAUAUUACCCUAGGAGCUUAGAAUAAGCCUGAAUGUGUUCUAUCUACCUUGACGUGACGCUCUAACAGUGGUGGCCACUACCAACAAGAACUCCAAUGCCUCUCUGGUCUACGCCUUCCUCUAUAAAGUGGUUGAGGUGAGUCAGAGGUCUGUCUGUGUUGUCUUGACAACUCCAUUGCUGUCAUUUUCACUCCAAUGGCUAAGUCAGAAGUGUUUUUCUCUACCAAAAGACCUGCAUAAUUUGUCUACUGGUUUCUCCCUACACAUUUGACAUAACAUGUUCCUAACAUUAUCAUAAUUCACAUAUUAUUAUUGAGGUUGCCAAUCGAUGUUAUGUUGUUUCCAGGUGUUCACAGAGUACUUUACAGAGUUGGAGGAGGAGAGCAUACAGGACAACUUUGUAGUGGUCUAUGAGCUACUGGAUGAGCUCAUGGACUUUGGCUUCCCCCAGACCACCGACAGCAAGAUCCUGCAGGAGUGAGUGACACCCGCUCACUUACUUACUUGCUUAUGGCUGUCCAUUGAUGUCGAUGAUGAUGCUGCUCACAUACACACUGAUACACAUGUUCCCUGUUACAAUAUAGUAAAUUAGUCAUACAGGUGUACUGGGUAAAUGCAUGCAAAGUCACACGGAGACACAAAGGUACAACUUUAAUAGACAGAUACUGUUUCUAGACCCAACACCACGAAGUAAGGACAAGUUUUGGGACUUCUGAAAGUUCAAUUGUUUUCGUAACGUCAGACUGAUCUCCAUACUGUCUCUACUACAUGUACAUUCAGACUGUUAUCUUGACUCCAGAUCUGUUUGUGCUGUCUUGCCAACUCCUGAUCCUUGACAUUUAUUGUCAUACAAAACAGAUCUGGGAUCAGGCUACUGAUAUCCAUACUGUCUGUCUCUCCAGGUACAUCACCCAGGAGGGCACCAAGCUGGAGGUGGCUAAGACCAAGGUUCCCACCACCGUCACCAACGCCGUGUCCUGGAGGUCAGAGGGCAUCAAGUACAAGAAGAACGAGGUCUUCAUCGAUGUCAUCGAGUCCAUCAACUUACUGGUGAGUGGUAUACCAUAAGGAUGUUGGGUUUGAUACAUGUAGAUGUUAGACAGAUUUGAACUGGUUUCAUUCUGUCUUCAUUUGCAGUGCAUUUCAGCAAUGAAUUUGCUUGUAUUUGGGCAAUAUCAAUAAUUGUUAUAAUUGAUUUGGUGUAUAUAAUGCUUGAGUCUCCAUAGGAAGAUAUUGAUAACUGAAAAUGAAAAUACCAAUAACCUUUGCUUUCUGAGUAAUUGAUUAUUUAAUUGAUUAAAGCUGGAAUCCUUAAUUGGUGGAACUGCCACGUCUGUUUGCGAUAUUACAACAACAAAGAAGUUACUGCAAACAACGAACACUGUUUUUUUCCUCAGACACCAUUGCACGCGCGAACAGCAGAAUAUGUAGGCCUACUGCAAUUUUUUCCCUCCUACUGCCGGACGCUCCUCUCCUCCAUUUCUCCUCCACAAAACAAAAACAAUACCAAAGGCGCUGGGGUGAACAGUGGCGCUGUUUCCCCUAAUGUGGAUUCGAUCUUUAAUUGACUGUGCAUUCUCUCAAUAAAUCAACUCGCUACUGUAUAAAAAGUGUGAGUCUCCAUCAGAGGUUGACCCCUGUGUCGUCCGUUGACCCCAGGUGAAUGCCAAUGGCAGUGUGAUGAGCAGUGACAUCGUGGGCACCGUCAAGCUGAAGACCAUGCUGUCUGGCAUGCCUGAGCUGAGACUGGGACUCAAUGACCGGGCACUGUUCGCCCUCACUGGCCGUAUGUACAGUACACACACAGGCUAGCAGUGAGCACACACACACAGUCACCGCUUCUCAGAUGCAAUUGCAUUUUAGAUGUUGAUGAAAAUUAGUGUGUGUGUGUGUUCAGGAGACAAGGGGAAGACUGUAACAAUGGAGGACGUUAAGUUUCACCAGUGUGUUCGUCUGUCCCGUUUCGAGAGUGACCGCACCAUCUCCUUCAUCCCUCCUGAUGGAGAGUCUGAACUCAUGUCCUACCGCAUCAACACUCACGUGAGUUACAUUAAUACAUUCAUAUUGUAUCCCUGAAAAUGUACACGUACAGUGAGGGAAAAAAGUAUUUGAUCCCCUGCUGAUUUUGUACGUUUGCCCACUGACAAAUAAAUUAUCAGUCUAUAAUUUUAAUGGUAGGAUUAUUUGAACAGUGAGAGACAGAAUAACAACAAAAAAAUCCAGAAAAACGCAUGUCAAAAAUGUUAUAAAUUGAUUUGCAUUUUAAUGAGGGAAAUAAGUAUUUGACCCCUCUGCAAAACAUGACUUAGUACUUGGUGGCAAAACCCUUGUUGGCAAUCACAGAGGUCAGACGUUUCUUGUAGUUGGCCACCAGGUUUGCACACAUCUCAGGAGGGAUUUUGUCCCACUCCUCUGCAGAUCUUCUCCAAGUCAUUAAGGUUUCGAGCCUGACGUUUGGCAACUCGAAUCUUCAGCUCCCUCCACAGAUUUUCUAUGGGAUUAAGGUCUGGAGACUGGCUAGGCCACUCCAGGACCUUAAUGUGCUUCUUCUUGAGCCACUCCUUUGUUGCCUUGGCCGUGUGUUUUGGGUCAUUGUCAUGCUGGAAUACCCAUCCAUGACCCAUUUUCAAUGCCCUGGCUGAGGGAAGGAGGUUCUCACCCAAGAUUUGACGGUACAUGGCCCCGUCCAUCGUCCAUUUGAUGCGGUGAAGUUGUCCUGUCCCCUUAGCAGAAAAACACCCCCAAAGCAUAAUGUUUCCACCUCCAUGUUUGAGGGUGGGGAUGGUGGUGUUGGGGUCAUAGGCAGCAUUCCUCCUCCUCCAAACACGGCGAGUUGAGUUGAUGCCAAAGAGCUCCAUUUUGGUCUCAUCUGACCACAACACUUUCACCCAGUUCUCUUCUGAAUCAUUCAGAUGUUCAUUGGAAAACUUCAGACGGGCCUGUAUAUGUGCUUUCUUGAGCAGGGGGACCUUGCGGGCGCUGCAGGAUUUCAGUCCUUCACAGCGUAGUGUGUUACCAAUAGUUUUCUUGGUGACUAUGGUCCCAGCUGCCUUGAGACCAUUGACAAGAUCCUCCUGUGUAGUUCUGGGCUGAUUCCUCACCAUUCUCAUGAUCAUUGCAACUCCACGAGGUGAGAUCUUGCAUGGAGCCCCAGGCCGAGGGAGAUUGACAGAUCUUUUGUGUUUCUUCCAUUUGCAAAUAAUCGCACCAACUGUUGUCACCUUCUCACCAAGCUGCUUGGCGAUGGUCUUGUAGCCCAUUCCAGCCUUGUGUAGGUCUACAAUCUUGUCCCUGACAUCCUUGGAGAGCUCUUUGGUUUUGGCAAUGGUGGAGAGUUUGGAGUCUGAUUGAUUGAUUGCUUCUGUGGACAGGUGUCUUUUAUACAGGUAACAAGCUGAGAUUAGGAGCACUCCCUUUACAAGUGUGCUCCUAAUCUCAGCUCUUUACCUGUAUAAAAGACACCUGGGAGCCAGAAAUCUUUCUGAUUGAGAGGGGGUCAAAUACUUAUUUCCCUCAUUAAAAUGCAAAUCAAUUUAUAACAUUUUUGACAUGCGUUUUCUGGAUUUUUUUGUUGUUAUUCUGUCUCUCACUGUUCAAAUAAACCUACCAUUAAAAUUAUAGACUGAUAAUUUUUUUGUCAGUGGGCAAACUUACAAAAUCAGCAGGGGAUCAAAUACUUUUUUCCCCUCACUGUAUCCCUCAUAAAUUACCUCUCUAAAAAACCUAAUCCCUCCCUCAUACAUUUUCACUCUUCCAUUGCACUGUUACGCUAGUGUACUGAAAUCAAUACUUGAGUGAGCUAUAAGCCCUGUCUGUAUCAAGGACAGUGGUGUAGUAGAGGGUAAAAACUGUUUAUGCACCAUUUUUUAUUUUGCGUGAGCACUUACCCACCUUUCUCUGAAAAAUGCAUUGAAAGUAAAGAGUGUUACUUGACUCACCGCAAACAGCGAUCAGCAUUUACCCACCUAUUUUUCUACCACUACAUCACUGAUCAAGCAGUAUAAUGGCUUUCCAGUUGGCAGCAGAACUAACUACAUGCUGUGUCCCUACAGGUGAAGCCUCUGAUAUGGAUUGAGUCUGUCAUCGAGAAGUUCUCUCACAGUCGAGUGGAGAUCAUGGUUAAGGUAGUGUUAUAUAGUAACACUCAAUGUAUGAAUCUAUGCAUUGUCCUAUGCUACAGUUGCCUUUUCCACUUCUAUAGGCUAAAGGUCAGUUCAAGAAGCAGUCAGUAGCCAACAAUGUGGAGGUGCGGGUGCCCGUCCCCAGUGACGCUGACUCUCCCAAGUUUAAGACCAGUACGGGCCACGCUAAAUACGUCCCUGAGAAGAACCUGGCUGUGUGGACCAUCAAGUCCUUCCCUGUAAGUAUUUCAUCCAAGCAGCGCUUCUGUCUCCAGCCAUUCUUCCCUGUAUGACAAGACUCAAGGCCAAAUAUAUAUAGAGCCAUUUUUUUUCCCCAAGCGAACGCCACGUUCGAGGGAUGCGCGCACAUCUUUGCAACAAAAAGCUGUGUAGCAGGAUAGCUAACCUUGAUGUCGGGACCUUAACAGUGAGUGAGUGAUGACCAUGAAAACACGCAAGACUGAUGGCUAUAGCUAUGUUCAACAUGUAUAUUAUUCUCCUGGCUCUAUUUGUGGCAUUUUACCUUGCCUCACUGGCUUGCUAACUUGCUAGGUAAUUAAUCCUCCGAUGACAUCUGCGAUGUUGUAGACGAUAACCAUCUGAUUAAUUGCACGAGCUGCAUCUAAAGUCAAGGAUUUUGUAUCCCACUCCCAUGUAAAUAAACCCCUUUCAGAUUCUGAACUGUGCGCAACUUUUCAUGACGUGGCCGCCGGUGGGGAAAUGGGUCUAUACUGUACCCUAGAAUUUAGAACAUGAAGGCUCCUGACCUGGAAAAACUCCAGGCUCUUAGUCUGGUCAGGACACAUCAUCAGGAGGAAAAACUCAGGGCCCUAUACGAACCAUCUCUCUCUUUCCCUAAUUUUUCUCUCUGUAUCUCUCUCUCUCCUCUCCCUCUUUUUCUCUCCCCCCUGUUUCUCCCCCCAGGGCGGUAAGGAGUUUCUGAUGCGGGCCAGCUUUGGCCUGCCCAGUGUGGAGAAUGAUGAGAUGGAGGGCAAACCUCCCAUCACUGUCAACUUUGAGAUUCCAUACUUCACAGUGUCAGGGAUACAGGUGAGCCAUGUGUGUGCGUGCAUGUGAGUAUCCUGUAUUGACCUUUGAAAACAAGCUUAUGCAGAACCAAAGUGGUGACUUACUUAGCAUAAACUAGCAUAGGCUACAUGUGCCUGAUUUGGUUAGGCAAAACAAAUAUCUCAAGUUACACUGACCUGAUCUCUCUCCUCUCCUCUCCUCUGUCGCUCUGUGUGCGGUAAGGUGCGGUACAUGAAAAUUAUAGAGAAGAGUGGUUACCAGGCCUUGCCCUGGGUCAGAUACAUCACACAGAGUGGAGGUAGGACUGCCAUGCUCUUUAGAUAUAGCUUACUCAUGUAUAGAGAAAAGAGUCCCAUCAUUUAGUCAUAGAGAAAAAAUGAUUUUUACUUUUUUAAAUUAGAACUAUAGUAUUUAUCCUAUAGUAUUUUUAUUGUUCUGUUUUCUUUCAUUUAGAUUACCAACUACGGAGUAACUUCUAAACCAGGGGUGGCUAGCUUCUUCCUUUGCUUCCAGAGAUCAUAGCUCAAGGAUCAAUUUAAUUGCACACACAAAAAAGGAAAAUGUCUUUGAAUUUCACUGAAAUGCUCUGCUUAAUAACGUUACUGUAUAAGAUUGUUUGUGAUUUGUACUUUUAUUUCAUGCAAUGUAAUUUGAGAUUUAACUUGAGAUUUUAAUUGCUUUACUCAUUGUUUAAAAAUAAUGUUGAUAUUAAAUUAUAGCCUUUAAAUAAAUUUGUAUGGGUGGG